GCCAACCAACUGCCAACCCCACCUGGCCUGGAGGCCAACCAACUGCUAACCCCACCUGGCCUGGAGGCCAACCAACUGCUAACCCCACCUGGCCAGGAGGCCAACCAACUGCUAACCCCACCUGGCCAGGAGGCCAACCAACUGCCAACCCCACCUGGCCAGGAGGUCAACCAACUGCUAACCCCACCUGGCCUGGAGGCCAACCAGCUGCCAACCCCACCUGGCCUGGAGGAAACCCCAGUCCCUCCCCUUACCACCAACCUGCUGCACCUGGACCUGGACCUGGACCUGGACCUGGACCUGGACCUGGGCCAACCAUCCCAACUAUCUCUCAAAAGACCGGUCCCCUACAACCAACCGUUGCCGAAUGGAGUAUAUGACAAACUGCUCAUAACCAUCCGUGGGACCAUCAAACCCAAUGCUGACAAGAUCACAUUUGACUUCGGCGCGUCCAGUGAUCUGGCCUUCCACUUCAACCCUCGCUUCAAUGAGAGCGGCAAGAAGGUGAUCGUCAGGAACAGCUGCAUCAACAAGAAGUGGGGCAAAGAGGAAAGAGAUCUGCUGCACUUUCCCUUUGUCAAGGGACAACCAUUUGAGAUGAAAAUUCUUUGCACAAACCAACUGUUUAAAGUGGCAGUCAACAAUUCUCACCUGCUUGACUACAAACACCGCAUCACCAACCUAAGAUCAAUCAACAAACUCAGCAUCUACAAUGACAUCAACCUUUCCAGUGUUGAGAUGGAGACAUUGCCCUGAGGGAUUCUUCACAAACCUGAGAUCUACUGGGGAUCUAAAGAAAUCAUGUACAGUUUUUUAUCCAGAGUAUCUUCAUUGCUAAAUGAAAUACAAAUAAAAUUGACUAAAUGUACCUUAGACCUAAAGAUCUACAAGAUAUUCUCUGAAUUUCCAUGUAUAUCUACAGAAGAGUCACUGAGAAUCCUUACCCUCUGCCUGAUAAUCAGAGUGAUCUUGUGGUUCAACAAGAGUUCUGGGAGUGAACUGUAGUAGUUCUCCAUAAUAUGAAAAUAAUAACGAAGGAAAUUAAUAAUAAGGAAAAUUAUUCAUUAACAGAGGAGUGUAAAUCCAUCCGCAAUAGAUUGUCUGAUAUGUCAUUGAUUGAACAUCAUAAAUACAUAAUCAACAACCAAUUCUGUUGUUUCCUUUCAUAUGUCUCUGCUCAGAUUAUUCAAAUUGACCGCCAUUGUUCAGUAAACUGUACAUGUAUGUUUGUAUGUCUGUUUGUUUCUGCCAUAGUGUCUUUAGAAGUUUCUAAUAACAUCAGAUGUUUAAGUCUUUGUCUCUAAAUCAAAAGAACCGUCAUUCAUCUAAACAUUGUAGCCCAAGCUUUUUGGAGGUUUUGCUGGCUAGUAUUCAAUUCAAUUCAAUUAAAUUCAAUUUUAUGUAUAUAGCACCACAACAACAGUUGUCUCACAGCGCUUUCCAAACAGAGCAGAUUACAGAAACCCAACAAUUCCCACCAUGAGCAAGCACUAGGCGACACAGGC